AUCUUCAGCUUUACGUUUACGGUCACCUUCUAAAAUCUACGUAAUCGGAAAGCUCGUCCAAUUAGAAAGAAGUGCUACUUUUCUUUAAUAAUUUUGGUAAAUGACUUCUAUUGCUGUUGGGAAAAGUAUACUAUCAACAAUCAAAAAAAUGAUUAAGGACCCACUUGUAUGGAUUGACUGUGAGAUGACAGGUCUCGAUAUUCAAAAAGAUCAUUUAAUUGAAAUUGCAGUGUUAAUCACUGAUGGUGAUCUUAAUAUUGUCGCUAAAGGACCAGAGUUGGUUAUUCAUCAGCCACGUGAAGUAAUGGAUAACAUGAAUGCCUGGUGUAUUGAGCAUCAUGGUGCUUCUGGCUUAACUCAACAAGUCUUGGACUCGAAAAUAACAGUUGAAGAGGCAGAAAGCCAAGUUUGCGACUUUUUAAAACAACAUAUUCCAGCUGGAGUUGCACCUUUAGCAGGUAAUUCAGUUCAUGCUGAUAAGAGAUUUUUAUCCAAGGAAAUGCCUCGCCUUGUCGAUUAUUUACAUUACCGUAUUGUUGACGUUAGUACUGUUAAGGAAUUAGCAAAGAGAUGGUAUCCCAAGACAGCAGCUGGAGUUGUAAAGAAAGCAGGACAUAGAGCUAUGGAUGAUAUUAUUGAAAGCAUCGAAGAGCUCAAGUAUUAUAAAGAGCAUAUCUUUAUUGAAAAAGAAUAAAAAUAUGAUUAUACUUUUUUUUUUCCUCCUAACAAGGUGUGAAGUUUAUUGUUAAUGUCAGCAUAGUC